CGCAUGCCGGGAGCCGCGGGGCGGGCCCAGCGCGGGAACGCCCGGGACGGGGUCGCCCGGGGAAAUCCCGGAGGUGUUGGAGAGAGGGGGGACCCCCCCGGCCGCGGGAUCGCCGUGCGCCUCGGAGCAGUUUCCACUGUCAGAGUGUCUUGUCUCUGUUCAGUCAGCUAUCAGCUUCUGGGUGUCAAAUAUUCAGCAGCACAACCAAGGGGAGAGAAUUGCACAGUGGUGCUAGUUCUGAGUGUGCAGGGUUGUAAGACUGGCUGAUUUCUCAGGAGCAGUGAUCAACACUCCCAACAUUCCAAGAGCUGAAAGUGAUUUCAUAGGAUGGAGUUGGAGCACCUGAAGAGGCUGCGUCAGGCCAACCAGGACCUUCUGCAGAGGCUGAGAAUGAAGCAGGAAGAGAUCAGGAAAAGACUUCCCAGCAAGCCAUGCUCUCCAGCAUCUCUUCAUAACGUAGCAGCUACUGAAAGAUCUGUCCCCUCGCCCACGAGACGGGAAGAGAAUCAGGUUGCUGCUGUGAAGCCUUCAGCUGACCCUGCAGUGUUGGUGUCUGUGGAACCUGGAGGUUUGGCAGCCAGAGCAGACCUCUGUUCAUCUCUGAAACACAGCAGUGAUGACGGAGAGCUACAGCAGCAACAAGCGAAGAUGCAGGAAGCAAUAGGCUUGGAUUCCAGCAUUCCUGAGAAAGAGAAGGAUGUUAUGCCAGUGUCUGCCAUCUCUGUGUGUGACAGAGAAAGCUUUGGAGUGGACAGGGAUGGCUGUGCUCAAAGAUGUCCAGAGAAAGAAUCCUUCCUCCCAGGACAUGGAAAGGACAGCAGAGAGUCUGCUCUGCUAGAUGGUGACCAUGAGAAAAAACAGCUUGAAAGUCCUCUGGCCUCAUCACUGAGUGGAACACAAAGUGAAGAGACCAGCAAGCAAGAUGUGGUCAUUGGAGAGCCUAUAAUCCAUAAAUCAAUCUUGGUGACUUCUCGGUCCAAAGAGUUGAAGAAGGAAGCUGGCCGUGUGACUUUUCAGUCUGACCCUGAGCAGUAUGCCAUACCUGUGAGCAGCUGGUCUGCAAGGCCUUUCCUGGGCUAUGACUGGAUUGCAGGGGUCCUAGAUACAAACUUUUCAGUAACAGAAAAAUCUGACCAAUACUUUGCUGAGCUGCAGGAGUUCCGACAGGCCAACAAAGACAUGUGUAUUCGUGAGCAGCACACAGAGCCUAAGGCUCUGGAUGACCUAAUUCCUGACCAAGAGCUAGAUUUGAUAACCAGUUUCCAUAAGUGUGUUUACUGUUACCGAUUAAACCAGCGCCUCUUCACUGUCCCUGUGGAUUUGGAAUCUGCCUGCCCCAUCUGUAAGAUCCCACGUGCUCAGCGGCCCCCAGGGACACUGGAAGAGCCAGCCUAUGUCAGGGUCAGCAUUCCCAGGGCUACCCUUAAGCCUGCCUACAAAUACAAAGCCCACCGUAGGAAGAGCUUUGAGCCAGCAGACAAUCUAGCAUUACCUUCGCAUUGCCUGGCUGGCUGGGAAAAUACCAUCCCUUCCAGCACUCCCACGCACAGCAGUUUGGAUCUGCGAGCUUCGCUGGAAGAACAACCCUCUCACUAUUCUGCUCUGGUAAGAAUAGCCCUGAGAGAGAGUCCCUGGAGAUGCUGGGAACUGCACAAUAAUCAUGGAUGGCUGAGCAAACCAUAGUUCCUGGAAGAUAAUUUGCUCAUCUCCACAAGCAAACAUUUUCCUUCUGCUGCUGUGUAGACUUGUGUGCAGACAACAUGCAGCUGGCGGAGAGGCAAAAGCCUGUCCAGCUCACCAGUCUUCAUCAAAAUGGGGAAAGUCACUUUGGCAUUCUUUGAUUAACAGCCUCUUCAUUUGGAUUCCAGAGCUCAGCGUCCUGAGUGCCAGGCAGAACCAGAACUGACCAGAUUCUGAACCUGACCUACCCGACACACUUCACAUCUCAGAGUGCUUCUCAGCAGAGGGAGCAAAAUGAACUUGGACGCUACAAAGCAGCUCUAAAUUUAAGUGUGACAGCCUCACCUUGUGAGCCACUGACUUUCAUCACCUUGGGGAAGGGAUAGGCACAAGGGGUGCAGACCACUCUGGAUAAAAAUAAAUCUUUGCACAGAUUG